UGUAAUGUGGAACUAUUUUCAAGAGAUCAACGCAAUGUAUUGGAUAAUAUUUUUCUCAGUGUUACGGAGUAUAGGUGGUUUUAACAUUGAACCUGUAGCUUGGAGAUCUUUCACUAACCCUGCGCUAGGAUUUGGACACAAGGUGAUUCAGAAACAAAAUGGCUUACUGGUCAGUGCUCCUCUUCAGCAGGAUGCACAACAACGAGGACAGAUCUAUGAGUGUUCCCCGACAACAACAACCUGCAGGAAAAUACAGCUUGAAUUGCCAGAUUAUGCAGUGAACUCCUCUCUUGGAUUGGCAAUGGCAUUUAACCCCAGAAAUGAAAAGUCUCUGGUUUGUGGGCCAACCAUUCCAAAGGAUUGCAGGAGCAUCACCAUGUACAAUGGUCUGUGUUUAGAGAUUGAUCAAAAUAACGGUCUCAGAAGAACCACGCCUAGGUCUACUGCAGAUUGCCCAAGCCAACCAGCCGACAUUGCAUUUCUGUUAGAUGGUUCGGGCAGUGUAGAUCCAGCAGAUUUCUCAAAAAUGAAGCAGUUUGUCAUCAAUGUGAUCAAAUCCUUUCUUGGAAAAGAUUCAAGGUUUGCCAUCAUACAGUUUUCACGUUUGGUCCAAAUCAGUUAUUAUUUCAACACUUUUCCAAUCAGCGAGUCCUGGGAAUCAAACAUAGAAAGUAUAACACAAUUGAAGCGCACCACUUAUACAGCCACAGCAAUACAAAGAGUUGUAGAUGAAGUCUUCAUACCAUCAAAUGGUAAUCGGCCAAAUGCAAAUAAUGUAUUGAUUGUCAUUACUGAUGGAGUGUCCCACGAUAAAAAUUACUUACCAGGAGCUAGCGAAGCAGCAAAUAGAAAAAACAUAAUUCGAUUUGCCAUUGGGGUUGGGGAUUCAUUUAAUAAUGCAGAUGCAAAGGAUGAGCUUAUAACUAUUGCAGCAUCUGAAGACCGUGUCUUUCAAGUUCAGGGCUUUGAUGCUCUUGAUAAAAUAAGACAGACUCUGCAGGAAAAAAUCUUUUCUAUUGAAGGAACUCAAACAGGUGGGGAGACGUUGAAAAUGGAAAUGUCCCAGUUGGGCUUUGGUGCAGCGUUUCUUAGUGAGGGAUUUCAAAUGACAGCUGUUGGUGCCAACGAGUGGAAAGGAGCGCUGCUGAAGUACACCAACUCUGGCACCAUGACGAGUUCCUAUGAGCCUAAAGACAUUGACAAUGACAGUUACCUUGGAUAUUCCAUAGCUAUUGCAAAUACUGUGGCGGGGACAUUUACAGCUGUUGGUGCUCCACGGUAUCAACACAGGGGCAUUGUAAUGUAUGUUUAUAGCAUUUACAGUCAGCAGAGGAUUGAUCCAGUGGAUUGGCAGUUUCAGAGUGGUGAAUAUUUUGGGGCAGAGGUUUGUACAAUGGAUGUCAAUGGCGACAGCUUCACUGACCUGCUCCUGAUAUCUGCACCAAUGUAUAUAGAGAGGGACAGGGAAGGAAGAGUCUAUGUUUGCGACGUAACUGAUUGGAUUGUGGAUUGUCACUUUGAUUCUCCAUUAAUCCUGAGGGGGGCAUCAGAAAGAGGAAGGUUUGGGUCAUCUCUUGCUGUACUGCCAGAUCUGAAUGCAGAUAAUUUGGCUGAUUUAGCUGUGGGAGCCCCUUUGGAGAAUGAUGGUCAAGGCACUAUUUAUAUUUACCAUGGCUCUGGGUUUAGGAGGAUUACUCCUACCUAUUCACAGAGAAUUACUGCCUCAGAAGUAAAGUCCGGUUUGACUUUCUUUGGCAUGUCAAUCAGUCCAACAUCAUUGGACCAAAGCAACGAUGGCCUGCCAGACUUGAUGGUGGGUUCAAAAGGGACUGUUGUCCUUCUCAGGUCCAAACCAAUUGUAAAAGUAGAUGCUACAAUUUCCUUCACACCACAGCUGAUCCCAACUCAGAAUAACGACUGUUCAAAACCUCUACGUGCCACUGCUACUGUCUGCUUCACGAUGUCCAAAGUCACCACACUAGAUCAAGCUCAGGCAAAAAUCAAUUAUACUUUUACUUUGGAUGCAACACGCAUUGUCCCAAAUAACCGGGCAUUCAUCAAUGAGAAACAACCAGACACAACCGGAAGUCUCACCAUUACAUUGAACCAUGAGGGAUGCGUUCCUAUCAAUUUCUUUAUACAGUCAUGUCCUGAAGAUGCUCUCAAUCCUCUUUACAAUGAGCUGCGCUUCACAUUUGAAAGCUUGACUUCCCCCCAGAGCCUCAAACCAAGUCUCUCUCAACAGUCACCCACAACAGUCAGCAAAGACUUGGGGUUUGAGAUCAACUGUGGGUUGGAUGACACAUGUACUGACCAACUCAUAGUGGACUUUAACUUCACCAGGUCUUCUGUGGUCCGAGUAGGCAUUGAUGAUUUGCUCAACAUCACAGUGUCAUUAGAAAAUAUAGAAGAAAAUUCCUACAAUACCAGAGUCAUUCUGACAUAUCCCUCUGGAUUUUCCUACCGGAAGUUCACUGGACUUCAAGGGAGAAUUGACUGUAACUCAGUGGACAGUGAAAACAGUUUGAUACGAGGACGGACAGAAUGCUUUAUUGAUAAGCCUAUUUUUAAGAGCAAAGCAAAGGCCUUUUUUGUUGUCUCAUAUGGCUUUAACACCAACAGUCAACUUGACAGGAGGAUUUUUGUCACUGCAAACGCAACCAGUGGAAAUGUGCAGUCGUCCCCAUUGUCCCAGCGAUACAAAAUGAGAGAAAUUGAUGUAAAAUACAGCAUUUCAGUGACAAUUGGAAGUUCACACAGCUACACCAAUUUUACGUUUGGUGAAAAUGAUCUGCAGAAGCCAGUCAAUCAGUCAGUUAAGGUUACAAAUGAGAUCAGAGCAUUGAAUUUCUCUGUGGUGAUCCGAGUGCCAGUAAAACUUGGCAAGAAGGACAUCUGGGUAGACUCUGAUUCUUUGCAGAUUGCAGACUGUCAAAAAGACAAGGAUGAAGAGCCAACUGUGACAGAUUUUGUUCCACAAAUACAGGAGAGCAAGUUUGUGAACUGCACUGUGGCCAAAUGCAGGGUUUUCAGGUGUACUCGCGUCAUGAGUCAAACAGAGAGUAAAGAUUAUAUCAUCUCUGCAAACCUCAGUUCAGGAUGGAUUGAGCAGAUUGGACUAAAGUCAGCCAAGUUUCACCUCAUCAGCACAGCUGUCCUGGAGUAUGAUACAGACCGGUUUAUUUUCUAUUCAGCUGAGAACAACCCCGUCAAGAUUGAAGCAGAAGUAGAAGUGUAUACUGAGGUAGACUUCACUAAAGAAAUCAUUGGAGGAUCUCUGGGAGCACUGGCACUGCUGCUGUUACUGACUGCCGGCUUAUACAAGGCUGGAUUUUUCAAGAGUAAAUACCAACAGAUGAUUACUGAUGAGGCCCAAGGACAGGAAGAGGCUCUUGAUGGUGCACCAGAAGAACCAACAGCUUAAUAUAAUGUAUAGAUAUUUACAACCCAGUGAG